AUUAGGAACUGUGAGUUGUUUGUGAGCUUUGUGAGUUCUUGUGACUCACAUCUAAACUCAAAUUCAUUACGUGUCCAGACGCAGCGCGAUGAGUUCUGCAGAACCACCGAGAUCGAGACUCGGGCAAGCAGCAGCGAUCUUUGUCCGCCGCAGGAUUCAGGAAAUAGACAACAGGGAAAGAAGAGAUGAAGAGGGCAUAUGUGCUGGUGAUUGUGCUGGCGAUGAUGGUGUCGUGUGCGUCGGCUGCGUUUUACGGUAAAGACAGCGAGGUUAUCAAUUUGACGCCCAAGACGUUCAGGUCUGAGGUGUAUGAUACGAAUUACACGACUAUUGUCGAGUACUACGCCGAGUGGUGCGGCCACUGCAAGAACCUCCGCCCGCACUACGCCAAAGCCGCGAAAUCGCUCUCCGGUCUCGCAAAAGUCGCCGCGGUGCGGUGCGACGACCCGUCAAACGAGCGACUGUGCGCAAAGGCGAAUAUCAAAGGCUACCCGACGCUCAAAAUCUACCGGCCGAGCAAGCGCGCGAAAUCAACUCCGAUCGUGGAGGAUUACCAGGGCGCGCGGACCGCGAAGGCGAUCACGGGCAUGGUUCUCGAUCGGCUUUCGAAUCGGGUGACGAGGCUGAGCAGCGCUGCGGACGUGGAGGGGUUCGUGGCGCAGAAAGAGGUGCCGCGCGUGCUGCUGUUUACGGAUAAACCAAACACGCCGCCGAUGUUUAAGGUGCUUGCGAUCGACUUUGAUUCGAGCGCGCGGUUCGGGAUCGUGCGGAAGGCGGACAAGGCGCUGCAGAAGCGGUUCGGGGUGAAGAAGAUGCCGACGGUGGUGGUGGUUACGAACGAUGAGGAGGGGGAGGAGGAGGAGGAGAGGGCUGUGUAUGAGGGGGAGAUUAAGAAGGAGCAGUUGUAUGAGUUUCUGAGCGGGUUCGCGACGCCGGCGGAGGGGAGGUUGAAGGGGGUUGUGCCGGCGAAUUCGCCGCAGAGGUAUGGUCUUGAUAGCAGCCACGAUGAGCUGUAGUAUUAUCACAAGAUAAGAUAAAAGAUAUCAAGAUGGUAGGUAGAUUAUUGGAUCUUGGCUUUGCUAAAGUCGAGCUCGGGAUGCUGAGCCUGAAACUUUUUCAAGAUGUCUUCUUUUUUCAUCUCGUCGCUCGUGGGCUUACCCAUCUGCUUC